GUCCCGCCGACGGAACGCAGCCCACGCUCAUUCCACUCGUUUCUGCCUCUAUCCUCUUGUCUCAUCUAAUCGGCUUCACCCACCAUGUCCAACCCGUUUUCAGGACUUUUCCCCUCGGACGCAUCCACCUCCGCUACUGAUACGAGCACUAGCACGAACACGAGCACGAACACUUCCUCAUCUUCCUCGUCCACGAGUACCUCUUCCUCCUCCAGUACCAGCUCUAGCACCUCGUCCUCGUCUAGUUCCUCGUCUAGCUCUAGCUCGUCUUCAUCCUCGAGUUCCUCAUCCACUUCCUCGACUUCGUCCUCUUCCUCUGCGUCUCAGACAUCCUCCUCCUCCUCCUCGACGACUAGCAAUGGCUCUUCAACGGGUGCCGCCAGCGCAACCAGCACUCCCACCAACAGCAACACCAAUGUUGCUACUAGCCUGGCGACCAUGACCAGCGAUGGUGCCACGGUCGUCGUAACUCAUACAGUUCCUGGAGCGUCGCAGACCCCUCACAACGAUAGCGCCGGUGGUUCGUCCUCUUUCUUCCAAAACAAAGGCGAAGUCGCUGGUGUCUUCGCUGCGGUCGGUGUCGUGGCUGCGAUCAUCCUGAUCGCACUCAUCACCCAGGCCAUCCGCCGCCGUCGCGCCAAGAGAUUCGACGAUGAGGUCGCCGAUGCUGCCGCCGAAGCCGCCGCGCAGGCGCACGCGCCCGACUUCACCGACGACGACUACGGCUAUCCGGAGGAUCGCACGAAAGAAUUGGGCCCCUACUCUGACACAGCCAGCCACGGUACGUUCGCCCAGCCGCCCAUGCAGCCCGGCGAGAGCUACAACAUGGCAGAACUCCCGCGCUUUGACCCGUACGCCGUGGCAUCCGGUGUGCCGGGCGAGCCGUACGCUGCUGCUGGCGCAGCGGGCGAUCCCUACUCGGCGGCUGGCGCUGCGGGUAUCGGCGCUGCUGGGCUCAACCGCGCAAGGAGCACUGGUCCAGGCAACAUGCCGACGCCGUACAAUGCGUUUGCCCAGCCUCAGGCGGCCGUGCCUCAGACACAAGCCUACUACGACAACCCGUAUGGUGCGGCUGCAGCUGCUCAAGCUCAGCAAGGUUCAUCCAACCAGCAUGGACCCUCGAAGUCGACUGCCGGAACUGAAGCGAGUUUCGACCUGCUCGACGCUGCCGGACUCAGUGCCGCUGCCGGCGUGGUCGCUGGUGCCGCCGGUGGGAACCUCAACCGUAACAAGAGUUUCGGCGCAAACACGCUAGGCACCUCUGGCUCCGAAUACAGCUCAUCGCAUAACACACACAACGCGGCUUACAACGGUUACUUCGGUCAGCUCCCUCCGGGCGCGCGCCCGCCGUCGACGGGCGACCCGUACGCGGCGUACCACAACACGUCGCCUCAGCCGCGUCCCCAGCCGCAACAGCCGUCGCCAAACCAGAGCGACCGCGCAUCUGCGGCGGACCUGCCCAACCCUUUCGCGCAGGGAAGCUCGGGCUCAGGCGCGAGUCCUGAGCCGCCUUUGCUCGGCACGAAGUUCAACUCGCCGGAGAGCACCGCGGAGAAUGGGGACGAUGAUGAUGAGCCUAUGGGCGCUUGGAACCAGGAGAGCCGGCAUAGCCUGCGAGAUGAGGAAGACUAUGGUUACGGAGGCGGGCGCCGCGUCUUGAAGGUGGCGAACGAAUAAUCCGCCUGAUGCAAGCCUGAUGUACCAAUCUCUGCGUUGUAGUAUUUAGGUGAGGUCGGGCGAUUUGUCAGAGCGCAGGGAUGGAGUCUGGGCACCGUCCCCGUGCGCCUGGUAUUGCCCGUGCGUGCGUUUAUUUAUUUAUGUUCCUCCCCUCGCAUUUUUUGCAUCCAGUGCACCGCCCGGCGAGUCCUCGGGCACUCCGCUGCUGUCGUUUGUCCUUCGUCGUUCGACGAUUU